CCGGCGCGCGCCGCUGGUUGAUGUCAACGCGCGAGACGUCUUCAAACGCGAGUUCGUGCACGCUCGGCGAUAUCGAUUGGAAGGUGCGUUGAUACAAAUUAUUUGCACAUUUCGCGCGGAUUUCGACGCGCAUCGAGCGCGCGCGCGCGCGUCGCUGGUCUCGAACGUGUCCGCCGACGUGCCGACGCGAAGAACCCUCGCGCGAGGGUCUUUCGUGGACGACGAGACUUGGCGUCGCCGACGGCUCGAACGCGCGCGCGCGACUCGAUGGACAACGUCGUGGAUGAAUGAAUAUUUGUUUCACGACCGCGCCGAGCACAACGCGCGAGAGCGGGCGCAAAGGGCGAUUUCGACGAGUAAUCGACCCAUUUGGACCGUCCACGUGGGCAAAGGAACCAGGUCCAUUCCACAAAAUCGACUCCGAGGACUGACACGUCUACGCUCGUUUACGCGCUCACCAGGUUCAUCGAGUACUGUCGAGCGAUAAAAUCGCAAACAUCGACGAGUCUUUGGUGAGACUUGAACUUCAUCUCGACCAACCUUCGUCUGAAAGUAGACGACAAGUGUCCCUCGAGCUUUCGCGGGAAGAACUCGAGCGCGUCAUUAGCGAGCUUGAUAACGCCAAAAAGGCGCUCGAUCAGCUUAAGGAAAAGUAAACAUGGUCGCCGUCACGAAGAAGAAGAUUCCGGGUCCGACGAGCGAGAUCGCGGCGUUCACGAAGAAGUCGCAACAGCUAAAGUUGGAAGCGGAUGUCUUGUUUGCGAAGGGCAGCCACGGCGAAGCGCUCGCCAAGUAUAACAAGGCGCAGCAACUCGCUCUCAGAGGGAGUGCUGAAUUCGUUGCGAUCGCAACUAAUAAGGCGGCGGUUUACUUGCGAGGAGGUGUCCCAAGUCAGGCUAUCAACGAAUGUGAUGCUGCGCUCGAUGCGCAGCCCACUUACAAACCAGCGUUGCUGCGCCGCGCAACGGCGUACGAGGCGCUGCAGGAGUAUACCAAGGCCAAGACAGAUAUCGAACGUGCCCUCGCGAUCGAUUCGUCCGAUGAUUCUGUGAGAAAUCGAUUGGACAAGGUGAAAUCCUUGGCUGCCAAGGCCGCAAAAGCCAGCCGUCCGGCGGGCAUGGGAGGAGCGGGCGUCGGUAAGCAACCAGCUCAGAAGUACACGAAGGAGCAAAUCGCUGCGUUACGCGCCGAGGUACUUCGUCAACAAGCGGCACAGCAAGCGGCCGAAACGAAAUUCACCUUUGACGUCACGUACGAAGGGGAAGUCAAGAGCAUUCAGCUUCCAGUGUCUCUGAAAUAUUCUGACUUGACGGACUCCAUCAAGAAAGAGUUUGACAUCAAAACGCACGUAGCUGUCAAGUACAAGGACUUCGACAAUGACUUCAUCACCAUCACAUCUCGCAUGGAUUUACGAUCCGCCUUGACGAACUUCGCCGCCAUGGCUGAGCACCGUGCCAAGGAGAGCGGUGAAAAGGCAGAGACAUCGAUCCCAGUCAUUCAAGUCACCGCUUUUGCGUCUAAUACCGAGAUUCUGGAAACGCCCGAGCAAGUACAGCCAGCGCAAUUGCAAGAAAACGAUGAGAUCAACGAAGACGUCAUCGAAAUUGACGAGUGGCUCCUUAGUUUUGCAUCGCUCUUCCGCAAGCGGCUUGGCGACCUGGCGCCCAAGGAAGGCCCUCUUGAGUUGCGUGAAAUCGGACUUGAGAAGUGUUGCGAGGUGCUGGAAGAAACUGUGGGCUUGCCGGAGUCGAAAGCACUCCUCGUCAGUGCAACUGAUAAGUUCCAAGAAGCUGCCGCCACCGCCAUCUUCAACUGGGGUAAUGUGUAUGCGUGCAACUCACGCAGAAUCAUCGAUGCUUGUGGGAGCCAGGAUGACGACGGCGUAAGUGGGAGUGAUGAGGCGCUCAUGGUGGCUGCGAAACUUCACAUGGCUGAGCUAGAUGCAGAUUACGAGGCGUGCUGUGAACGUUUUGCGGCCUCUCUCAAAAUUAAGCCGACGUAUUUUGAAGCUCCCAUCACAUGGGGCCAGCAAGCGUUCGAGCGUGGCAAGUUGUACCACCACUUGUCUAGUCAAGUAAAAGGUGCCGAGGUCAAGAAGGCGGAGGAAACCGCGGACGUAAUGUUUGCCCUCGCCAUCACCAAGUACCAAGAGGCCAUGGAGAUGCUUCCACCCGCUGAGAGAGACGUCGUGCUAACUGAGAAGAGUGAAGAGUCGAAUGGUGUCAAGGCGCAGAUCUUAAUCCUGUGGGGCAACGUGCUCUACGAGCAAUCUCAGGUGAAGCACUCACGAAGCGUUAAGAACUGGAAAGACGACGCAGUAGCCGCGAUUGCCAAGUUCAACGAGGCAGGUUGCGCGAAGGGGGACAUCACGCGGGCCCUCAUGAACCACUCGAGCGGCGAGUGGGAAAGUGAAGAAGCAGCGGCGAAAGCCGCCGAGUAGUUGAGUAGCGGCGAAGCAGCAUUCGCAUUA